UUUUGCCAGCGCAUUUAGAUAUAAAUGUCAAGUAAUUAAAAGAAAAUAAAGCAAUUUAAGAUGGCUUGCCUAAAUUCGCAAUGCGUUUUUAAAUACUACUAGUUUGAAUUUGGCAAAAGCUUAAAAUUUACGUAAAUACUUCAAAAAAUUAAUAAAGGCAUUUGCCAAAUUUUUAUUCCAGGCAUAAAUUCUAUAAAUUCGUGUUAAAAAUAAAAGCAGUUUUCUUCGACACGCAGCAGAAAAUUUGAAAAAAUGAAAAUCCUGCGCGCAAUACAGAUUUCGUUGAAGGAAUUCCGAAAUCCAGGCCACCUUUCGAAGAUAUUUUCCAGUUACUGCACCGAGAUACCUUCAGCGAAAUCGUUAUGCGUAAAUAAAAUGAAAAAUAAAGUAAAAUACAGAGAAAAGUUCAAAACGGGUAGGUUAAAUCGAAUCGCGAAAAGUAUUCGGAAAUAUAGUGCAACGGACAAUUCGGCGCUGGAUGGAAUGAGAAGGUCUCCCCAUUCCGGAUUCAUUUCUACUUCCUCAAUGGGUUAUGGCGAGCAAUGUCCUUUCUAUGUUGUAUCCAGACGUUUUUGCAAAUUUGGGAAGAAUUGGAACUCCAUGAUAUCCAUAAGGGACACCGUUGUAAACGCUGACAAUAGUAGGUCUGCUGUAGGAACCUCACCUGUCAGAAUCAACGGCUCGUCGGAAGCUGCUCGAAAUUUUGAUUACGCCGGGAAACUGAGAGCACCAGAUCAAGGAAACGGACCAUCGAAAAAUAUUGAACAAUUGAUAAAUCUCAGUACAUCCAUACCUGCUGAAAUUUCACGAUUACUAAGCCCUAAAAUUUCGACCAGAAUGAUAUUGGAAGACUUCUUGAAACUAGUUCCUUCCAGAACGGCCAAUCCCGGGCUGCUUGAGCAAAAAGGACUGAAUAGCACUUGUAACUUUUGUGGGACAUUUCUCUGCGUAAGACAUAUGCAUUCGUUGCAACACCCAACUAGUGAUAAAUAUAUGAUUGAUAAGCUUUUGGAAUUAUGUCAAGAUGAACCGAAAAGCAGAAGUUCAAUCCUUUUGAAGCCUAUCUUAUCUAGUGGGCAAGGGAAGGAGAGGAGAUUAAAUAACUUAUCAAGUCGUCUGUCACGUAACUACCAUACACUUAGUGCUCUAAAAGGGCUUAAUCCACACUGUAAAGAUAAUCAAAUGUUGCUGUCCCCCUUCUUGAUUACAAAUGCAAUGAGGGCGGCGUCCACUAAUAAUGCGCAGCAAGCAAAUUCCCUUCACAAGACGGGUAGCGCAGGCGCUAUCAAAAGAAUCGAAGAGGAUAUGGAUUCGAAAAAGAUCGUGAGUUUUGAACAUGAAAACUCUAGCGAAGGAGAGCAAGGAGAGACGAGAUUUCUUGCUGGUGGUAGUUCGUUCAGAAGUUCUACUCUUAAUUACGACGAGGCUAUUCGAAAUACCGCAACCAAGCCAUUGGGUAGUCAAAGGCAGGGAAGUACGAACGAUUUCACUGUUGCAGCAGCGACCCCAAUUGGGCCCGAAGCAUCACUGAAAGAACCUCUCAAUGCAUCGACAAUAGCAACUAGUGUGCCGAUUCCAAAAACUAAUGAAGCAAUUCCUGGUCCUGUUCAAACCCUUUCUGCUAAUGCGGCAGCCAUAGUUAAUCAAGACAAGAGUUAUGUGGAAUCUUCUGCAACUGAGGAUAACCCUAAAGGAGGUACUAAAUUAGAACCUUUGUCAUUCCGUUCCACACUAUCGCCCGAGUUUAUUAAGCCCCAGCUCAACAAUUUAGAGUUUGAGGUCGAAGAGGAGGAAGACAGUCCACACAUAGCAUUGUUUGAAAGCUUUUGCACCCCGGUUUCGCCGGAUGCCCUACGUGAAAAUAUCGUCCCCAUACGCGUCAUUGAUCGUAGACAUUCGCAAUUAGAAGAUAUGCCUCCAAGGGCACCUAAGGCCAACAAAUAUGGAAUUCCGGAAUUACUUAAGAACGUGUUAGACAAAAUCAACUUUAUGAAGCGGAAUUGACGGAGAAACUUUUAUUGUAUUUUGCUGCCUCAUUAUGAAAAAGAUAAUUCGGAUGGGGGAAGUUCCAAUUAAACAUUUCAUGUGAAUCUUUACAA